AUGUUUGCACCUUUAAUCGAUCAAAAGCUUUCAAUUCACAUCAUUUACCGCAGCUAUAACGGUUGUGACGUUUCGAUACGCGAUUCAGUGCUCGAUGCAGAACGAAAGUUGUAUCCAGCGAAUGUGGCCAGGAAUGUGGCACGUUUGCUGUCCUGGACAAAGUACAUAUUGAUUGCCGAUUACGAGUACGUAUUUUCGGAGGGGUUUGAAGCGCAGAUGCUGAAAGAAUGUGCAAAUGUAUUGAACAGGCAUCCAAAAACUGCUCUCGUUUUUCGAAUAUUUGAAGCGAAAGGAUCAAUUAAAGAUAUGCCAAGGAGAAAGGAGCGUUUAUACGAGAUGUUUAAGAAAGGCGAUGCAGUGGAAUUUCAUGCAAGGUAUGCGGCAGGUGCACAUUCAAUACCCGGCUUACAAGAGUGGUUCCAAAAGAAUGACACCCACGAAAAUCAAUCUACAAUAUUGCUGUAUAAGAGGUACAACUGGGAACCACAAUUCGUUUCGCUGAGCACAAUUCCGCUUCAUGAUGAGAAUUUUCCGUUUGCGAUUCGAGAUAACACUGAACUUCGAUGGGAAAUGUGUCGAUUGAAUUACACAUUCGUAUUGGUCGAUAGCGUUUUUAUGGUGCAUCCUGGCAUCAAGAGACCAUCUGGCGAAGACGACAGACGUAAGAGAAUCGCUCAGGGAUGGUUUCGUCAUGCCCUGAAGCAGUUCAAACGAAGAAUGCAACAGUGCUGUGCUGACACUCAAGACAUUUGUCCACGUUUCGGAGCUUGA